CACAUGGGAGAUGAAGACGAGCAAAUGCUUUUCCUGACUUCUGUCCACAUGCUGGUCAUAAGUGAAAAUGUCCAACCUAAUGGGAAAUGAAGUUUAAAAAGUGGGCAAAACUCAAGGAUAAAGACACCUGAAGGGUUAAAGUCCUGCCGGCAGAAAGAUAAAAGCAGAUCUUGCUUUGUCUUAGUUUUCCGCCGUGCUGCAGCUGAGGUCUUAUCAGUCAGGAUUUGGUAGCGAUCCACUGCAGAGCAAAAAUGUCCACAGCUGGGAAGGUCAUCAAGUGCAAAGCAGCAGUUGCCUGGGAGCCCAACAAGCCUGUGGUUAUGGAGGAGAUAGAGGUGGCCCCCCCACAGGAAAAUGAAGUUCGCAUCAAGAUUGUGGCGACAUCUGUGUGUCACUCAGACCUGUACCACCUUUUUGAAAGCAUGCAUCCAGAAGGCUUUCCAACUGUCCUCGGCCACGAGGGCGCUGGCAUCGUGGAGAGUGUCGGAUCUGGAGUCACCGAAUUUCAGCCAGGUGACAAAGUGAUUCCACUUUUCCUCUGCCAGUGCAGACAAUGUCGCUUCUGUAAGAGCCCCAGGACAAACCAGUGUGAAGCUGCAUGGACUCGGAUUCGUCAGGAAAUAAUGGCCUCUGUAGAAUCCAGGUUUACCUGCAGAGGUAAGAGGGUGCUGCAGUUUAUGGGAACCAGUACCUUCUCGGAGUACACCGUGAUUAACCAGAUUGCUGUGACCAAGAUCAACCCUGCUGCUCCUCUGGACAAAGUCUGCCUCCUUGGAUGUGGGAUCUGCACUGGUUAUGGAGCAGCGGUGAACACUGCAAAGGUUGAGCCGGGCUCCACAUGUGCAGUCUUUGGUCUGGGAGCAGUGGGUUUGGCUGCAGUCAUGGGCUGCAAAGAUGCAGGAGCCGAAAGGAUCCUCGCUGUGGACAUCAACUCUCAGAAAGCUGAGAAGGCCAAAGCAUUUGGUGCAACUGACUUUGUGAACCCCAAAGAUCACAACAUACCCAUCAAUCAAGUCCUGGCAGAGAUGACCAACGGAGGAGUGGACUACUCCUUGGAAUGUGUCGGAAAAGUGGAAGUCAUGCGUACCGCCUUAGAGUCCUGCAUGGAAGCUUGGGGCGUCUCUGUAAUUGUUGGUUGGACAGACAUGUAUGACAUUGCAAUCAGACCAAGUCAUCUCAUCUGUGGACGGACGUGGAAAGGUUCCAUGUUUGGAGGGUUUAAAAGUAAAGACGGCGUAGCUCAGAUGGUUAAGGCCUAUAUGGAUAAGAAGCUGAUGGUGGAUGAAUUUAUCACUCACAACAUGACUUUGGACCAAAUCAACAACGCCAUUGAUCUGAUGAAAGACUGCAAAUGCAUUCGGACUGUAAUGAGUGUUUCUCCGCAAUAACCCAACUGUCAUCCAUGAUGCCCAGCUAAUCAGCCAAUUAUGAAGCACAGUCUGUAUAUGAUGCCAAAAAACAAUAAAAUUGAUUAAAAUAAAACAACCAAUGUUUGCCAACUGAUAACAGUAGAUGUGUGAAUAAUAAAUAAUAAAGAUUAAAGAUUAAUUGAAACACUG